AUGUGGGAUCAGCUGCCGGAGCUGAUAUUAAUACAAAUAUUCAGUCAUCUCGAUCGUGGAGAUCGUGCCAGUGUAUCUCAAAUUUGUCGAUCAUGGAAUUUAGCGCUUUCCUCACCUGUUUUAUGGCGUUCUGUCACAAUCCUCAUUGAUCGUGAUCUUAGAGGAAAUUUCCCUUUGGCGGGAGAAUUGGCUGUAAAAUAUGGACAAUAUAUGAGAACUUUAGAACUCGCUUGGUCAAGAUCAUACACCUUACCACAAGAAACACGAACUGCUCAUAAUAUUCAGGCAGAAGCAGGCGCAGAUUUUCUUGCAGUCAUACGAGCUAAGAAUGUACAAUUAAAAGAACUUAUAUUAACUAAUUGGGUUUUCAGUUAUAAAUGGGGAGAUAGAGGAAAAUUAUUGUACGCUCUUGCUAAUUUUCUCGGUUGUCAGAAUAAUCUUGAAACUUUGAGUUUACUCAAUGCUAAUUUUGGAGUGAGCGAUGUUCUGCGUCUGUUAGGAACUGUUGCGAGAGGAAGCAGUGAAAGAUUAGCAUCUUUGGAUCUUCGUGGUGCAUUCAGACAAUGGCAAACUCCUCAUAGCAAUCCUAGAUAUUUACGCUUAUUGGGUCGUCUUCAUGCAUUAACUAUAUUGAAACUAGAUUAUCCAGCGAUAUCGGAUCAUACUUUAAAUGCUUUGGCUAAUGGUGCUCCAAAAGUUCUUAAAAUUUUGCACAUUUCUAUCCGUGAUUCUGAUUCCCGACAACAUACUGUUGCUGAUAGUUCUUGGAAUAAUCUAGCACGUUCCUGUCCAAAAUUAACAGUUGCUUAUACCAUAGUAAAUAUUUCACACUAUGAGGACAUGUGUUACUUGUUGCUUCCUAGUGUUCCACUUGCCAAGUUUCAAUUAUUCAGUGGAUAUGUUUGGGACCAAAGUAGAUCUCGUAAUUUUCGAGGCACUGUUGGGCUAUUAAUUUCUCACUACACAAACACACUAGCCGAAGUAAUGUUGCAACUUAAAAACAAUCGAGAGUUAAUUGAUGAUUUACUCAUUUCUAUGCUUAUUCAAUGUAAAAAUUUAACUAAAUUGCAAUACGAUGGAAUUAUUAGAAGUCUUGAUACUUUGCGUGAUAUUUGUCAAUUACAAGCAGAACGCAAAACCUACUUUCGUACGAUUCACAUAAAGCCACGCAUUGUAAAUGUCAGGAAUCGUGCCAUAUUGGACGAUGUAAACUAUCAGUAUGUUCAUAAAAUGUUUGAGCAAGAAGUCGACUUUCGUAUAGAAGAUCCAGCUUCUUUUUUUAUGUAUUAUUGAUCAAACACUAUGUGAUGUCUCUGUAACGAUCCCCGAUCUAUUUAUCCACGUCUCUCUAAAUUUCUAACAUCAGAAAAUAAAAUACAGCCAAAUGCCAUUUCAAAGUUUAGGUACUUUUUUAAUUUACGAUUUUUCUAAAUGUUUGUUUAUAUAUAUUAUGCAUAUAUUCUAUUUUCUACGUUUCUUAUUACAUCUUAAUGGUAAAGAGGGUUGUAUAGAAACAAGUUUAAUAUGAUUUACAAAGAGAUCAUUUUUAUAUUUAAUAUUAAACUUAUAUA